AUGCCGCCCCUCCGGACGCCCCAGGGCGUCUGGCGAUUCAAAUCUGCGAGCAGCGAUGCCGUGGUUGAGGCCGACAAGCUCUUCAGCCUGAACGACUUCCAGGGCCGCCAGACGUGGGAGUUUGAGGAGGGAGGCGACCCAGCAGAGCUCGAAAAGGUUGAGGAGCUGCGGGCGGCGUUCAAGGCUGGGCGCCACUCCCAGAAGCACAGGCGAGCGGCGGUUGGGGGUCUGCAGCCGGUCAAGGAGGGCCCGGGGCUUG